CGCGAGGGGUACGCAUUGCUCUCGUCGGUUUGAUCGUACCCGGGCUCGAACGUCGCGACGCGCGAAAAGCACACGCCGCGUGAGAGUGCCCGCCGCACUGACGGCCCGCGUUUCGAUUUUUUUUUCCUCGCUGACGCGCGUCAUAAAAAAAGUGUGGUGUGCUCGGUGAAAUGACGGCACAUUGUGGAUCACAAUAAUCGGACGGCGAUCGUGGGGUGACAGUGCGAAGGUGGCAGGAGGAGGGAAGGUCCGGUGAGCAUUGCGGCACGAUAACAGGACUUGCGACGUACGCUAUUGUCAUUAAACGUUGACGAGAAAUGGCACGGCGGGAGUCUCGGUGAGGAAAGGGCGAGGGUGAAGCCCUCGCAGGAAAAGGGAGCUAUGGUGAAAAGCUUGGGUUUCCUCGCCAGAAGGGCGCCACCUGCUGUCCACCUUUUCGUCGUUUUGCUCGCGCUCGCCCCCGCUUACCACGGCGUGGACCUCUCCCAAUGCAUCGCACCGCUCGGCAUGGAGUCCGGGACGAUCCCGGACACGGAUAUCAACGCCAGUUCCAGCUUCGACACCGGAAACGUCGGACCCCACCUGGCACGAUUGAAAUCGGAGAACCUCGGUGGUGCCUGGUGUCCUAAGAACCAAAUCACCCAGGAAGCUCGAGAGUGGCUGGAGAUCGACCUUCAUACUAUCCACUUGAUCACGGCCACCGCUACCCAGGGCCGUUUCGGAAACGGCGUGGGUGUUGAAUUCGCAGAGGCGUAUAUGCUGGAGUACUGGAGGCCGCGACUGGGCAAAUGGGUUCGAUAUAGAGACAUCAAAGGAAAUGAGGUAAUACAGGGUAACACGAACACGUAUUUGGAGUCCAAGCACGAGCUGGAGCCGCCUCUGUGGGCGAGCAAGAUCCGUUUUCUACCCUACAGCUAUCACAGGCGGACGGUUUGCAUGCGGGUCGAGCUCUACGGGUGUUACUGGAGCGACGGUGUGGUGUCCUAUUCGAUGCUCCAAGGCGAUAAAAGAAGCAAUGGGUGGGAAUUCUUCGACGCGACCUACGACGGGCACUGGGACGGCGAGUUGCGCCGUGGCCUGGGUCAACUGACGGAUGGCAGAACGGGGCCUGAUAAUUUCAAAAUGUACUAUGAUAACGAUCGCGCCCAGGGCUGGGUGGGCUGGAGGAACGAUAGCCGCGGCCAACCGGUCGAGAUCAAGUUCGAGUUCGACAAAGUCAGGGAAUUCUCCGCCGUCCAUAUUUACUGCAAUAACGAAUUCACUCGAGGCGUCCAGGUGUUUUCGCAAAUUGACAUAUUCUUCAGUAUUGGCGGGAAAUACUACACGGGGGAACCCAUUACCUACACGUACAUGGAGGACAAGAUCUUCGAGACUUCUCGGAACGUCACAAUCAAGCUUCAUCACCGAGUUGGAAAAUUCGUUAAGCUGAGACUCCAUUUCUCGGAUCGAUGGAUCAUGGUCAGCGAAGUCACCUUCGAUUCUGGUGAGACAAAUAAUUCGACCACCGAAUCACCUAUCCAGAGUGAUGUCUUCGUCGAGAAGAACGGCGCCGCCGAGGGCGAACUACCGGUUUCGACUGCGAAACACGACGACCCCACGUACAUGGCGAUCGUGAUCGGCGUGCUGACCGCCGUAAUACUUUCACUCGCCGUAGCGAUAUUUCUGAUUGUUUCGCGACACAGGCAACGCAAGUGCUUCGCCAGCCCUAUGACUGGUAAAGCCCCUUCGCAUUUAGGAUCCACCUGCGCCACCGUCGAGAAAGGCGCAGCUCUGAUGGCGUACACCUUAGAAGAUGAUGAAAGAUACGCAGGCGGUUCUCUGCCGACUUUGCCUCUCGGAAAUCGUCUUCUAGACAUCGUGAAGUUGGACGACUACCAAGAGCCAUAUCAGGCACUAAAGUACGCUCCGUACUACAGCUACAGCACCGUCGUUAUGGAGAUGAAAGACAUGAUGCUGAACAACAAGGGCACCAACAUCAAUCACUCAGCAGUGUACGCAAACGGUGCAGUUGACACGUCGUACGAUUAUGCGGUACCGGAACUCGGCACGGUGCCCCUGCUCAAUCAGGAUGCCGGCGCCGGCCGCGGGGCGACCGUCUCCAACGCCACUGGCGAUCAGGACAGCUUCUUCUCCAAGAACUCGCGGACCAAGACCGAGGACAAGAAGUCGCCGACUCAACAGGAGGUACUCUCGGCCCUGAAGAGACGUCUGGAGCAGACCAGCGUACCGCUACGCCUUCGCAUGCUCUCCAAACUUGCCGAAGGCGCCUUCGGAACGGUAUACGUGGCGGAAGCUGAAGGGAUUCCGGAAUACGGGACAACGACUACCCUUGGCAAGCGACUCGUGGCCGUCAAGUUUUUACUACCGGAAGCCAGUGAGAAGGAAAAGUUGGACUUCCAAAGAGACGUGAGGAUUCUGGCUGCUCUAGAAGAUCGCAAUAUCGCACGAGUUCUGGGCGCUUGUUACCGCGAGGAACCGUAUUGCGUGGUGAUGGAAUAUCUAGAGCAUGGGGAUCUUUGUCAGUUCCUCAAGACGCAUAUCACUGCCGAGGACGCGCAUUCCAUGCCAAUUGGCGUCAAGACACUCAGUUUCAACUGUCUCAUCUACAUGGCGGCACAGAUCGCGUCGGGCAUGCGGUAUCUGGAGAACCUGAACUUCGUUCAUCGAGAUUUGGCUACUAGAAACUGUUUGGUCGGUAAGGCUUAUCAUAUCAAAAUCUCGGAUUUCGGCACGGACAAUGAACUGUACGCCUGCGAUUACUACAAGGUCGAUGGAACCAUGCCGUUGCCGGUACGAUGGAUGGCAUGGGAGUCAAUAUUUUUGGGAAAGUAUACGACCAAGAGCGACGUGUGGGCUUUCGCAGUCACCCUCUGGGAGAUUUUGAAUCUUGGCAGACGUGUCCCCUACGAACAUCUGUCCGACGAAGAAGUGGUGCAGAGCCUGCGGCAACUGCAUCAUGCCGCUGACUGCAGCAACGCCAAUCCCGAAGACAGUUGCAAGGAAGAUCCUAGAAACGGCUUCGACUAUCUGCCUCGACCCACCGCCUCCUCCAAAGACAUCUAUGAUCUGAUGCUCGAGUGCUGGCAACGAGAGGAGACUGAGAGACCGACUUUCCGUGAGAUAUCGCUCUUUCUGCAGCGGAAAAAUCUUGGAUACGCUCCAACGUCCUGAUAUUGAGCCCCGAGUUUCAACGAGCGCGACAUUCUUAAUAGUCAUACAAAUCGGAACAAGUUCGUUUCUGAAACGGAACGACGAGUGUACAAUGACGGACAAUGUUCUCAUCCGAGGUACUGCAAGAAAUAACGAGCGAAUAAUGAUCGAGUGAGAAGGACUGAGAAAAGAAGGCGAGAGAUACGAUGAGAGGACGUAUUACGACGUAUCGCGACAUCGAAACGAUAAGUACAACAAUGGAACUUUAUUGUCCGUCAACGAAACAAGGCUUUGAAACUUGGAGUUUACGAUAGAAAUCGAUCGUCCUUCUAUUUCGUCUCCCCAUUCAUACAUGUACUUUUUUCGGACAACGAGUAUUAGCAGACAGGAAAUAAAGUUAGAAUAGGUAGAAGAGUUAAGUGCGAGUUGAAUCUUUGAGAAUCUUAUGAUACGGGAUUUGUUGAACUACAAAUAGUUCAAGGUAUCGCGUGUCGCGUACAACUGAUCUUCGUAGAAUUCUCAGUAGCGAGACUGUUCAAGCAUAUCUAAUCGAUUUAGGACACGAAGUACGGAUCUCGACGCGAGUAUUCACGGCAGAGUAUCAUGCGAAGAUCUCUACUGGAAUAAAUCUAUUAGGACUCUUUUCGAAAAUGUAAGAAAAGACAAGAACGGACGCGAAUUUGGGAACACGACAAUCGAACGAGAGCGGAAUAAAAAGAGUUCGUCGUAGAUAACCGCUCGGCAAAGAAUCUCUGAGGAUAUUUGAAGGAGAUUGGACGUUUGUGAGAUAAUGAAAACUGAGGAGAAUUCUCUCAUCGGGAACUUAGGAGCAAUAUCAUGUAACUGUAAUACAGUUGUGAACAUUCCUGCACGGAUAGGUAACCUAUACUGCGCAAUUAGACAAUUACGCAAAUAGGAAGAAUCGUUACUUAAAGAUUAAGGCUCCUUCGGGAUUAUAUCAUUUUGAUUAAGGGUUCGAUGAGAAAUGUGUAAAUCACAUUGACGUACGGCAAUAUAGCAGCUACGAUAUUAGACGCUACGACUGUUCGAGUUAAUAUCGUAAAGCAUUAUAACUGUAUUUUAUGAACGUGUGGGUGCCUAUUUCUCCCUUUCUCUUUAUCGCUCUCCUUUACUCUCUUUCAACAUAUAUUGGUAUCGUCCCCAGACACUCUGGGCCUAUUUGUGAGACGAAUCUACAUGUGAUUUACAUCGUGAAAUCCUUUAUCGUCAUAAGACAUAUCGCGAAAUGGCGAAAUAAUUAUCGUGACGCAUCAAUGAAUUAGCCGAUAAUAAGGAAAUUAAACGUCUUUUUAACAAUACUUUCGGUUCGUAUCUAAACAGAGAUUUAUGUGAAACGUAAUACAUGUGGGAAUACUGAAUAACUUCAAAAGCAGUUAAGUGACUGUAAAGAUUUCUCGAUAAUACAUGUUUAUUCGAAUGUAACUACUGUAAUCACAGUUAAUGUGAAUGAGAUUUGUUGUCAUAACUGAUGAAUAUCAUACGUCGUAAGCGUAAGAUAGACGAAGGGUAACGUUUUACCUAUUCUGCAUUGGAAGAUGGUAAUAGAUUACGUAUCAUGACUAUGACACAUCAUAAUUGUAACUUUAUAUGAUAGGCGGGAUCAAUGAAAUUAGAAUAUUGUAUAUAUAGGCGUAUCGUAGUAAGGAGCGUUAUUAUUACAUUUUUUCAAGAAUGACGGGAGAAAAUCGAAUUGUCUUUGAGAUAGCGCCACACGCGCUCGCUUGUAAUUUGGUAUUAAUGUGGAAACGAUGGCAAUUGUUUAGCUUCCGGUAAGUUAUAUCCAUAGCAAGUGGUAAUAGGUUAACGAAAGUUUAACAUAUCGGAAUGUUCUUAUAAAAUUUAAAAAGGGAAAAUGCGCGAAGGAAAGAGCGAAUUGUAAUCGCUUUCAAACACAUUGAAAUUAACGGGCUUAUGUCCGUUGCGCGUUUUCAUUGUACUCGACUUCGAUAAUAUAUUUCGAUUGAUUUUAAGUUCCGUGUAUUUAUACCAGAUGGACACUAUUGUAACUUAUGCGAUAUUUAGCGGAUAGACGAUGUUACCGUUAUAUCAUUAAAAUACUAUUUAUAUAAAUUAACAUAAUAUACCACGUAAGGAGUAGAGACGGUACGGAGGCAUAGCCAUACGUAGUUAAAAUAUACGCGUUGAAUUUAAACGUAACUGGAAUUGCUUCUAUAUCACCGAAAUCGAGAUCGUCUAAAGCGAGUGGAAGAGAAUUAUAACUAAUGCGAAUUCGCGUAUAAAUUUACGAGGUAAGAAAUAGGCAAUACCAAUUUUUGAUCUUGCCAGAAGUAAAUAGUAAUAGCCAAUCGAUUAAGCCUAAGAUCGUUAAGUCUAAUUUACAUUUUGCAUAAAAGUAUCGGAUGAUCAACAGACAUAAUUUCGUGUUAUCGCGAAACGUUUUGGCCAAUCGAUUUUUCGCACCGAUUGUGACUGAGUUGAAACACAAUAAUAUUAUCCAUCUCUCUCGUUGGUACAUUUUUAGUCCGAAGCAGACUGCCAUUAUAUUUCUAGAUGAUAAUAGAAAAUGAAUUGUAGUUGCGUUUAGAUUCGCCAAUAUAAGCAUAACGCUGCCUUUGGCUAUAUUGUUGCCCUUUACUGCUAACGAGUAACUUACUUGUCUACUCAUGUGAUAAUUUAGUAUAUUUCUACGUAUCUACCUGUACCUACCAAUUCAAAAAUCUUCAUGGCGAAAGGAUUAUUCCAAAUUACUUUGUUUUUACUAUAAAUUGUAGUUCAGACAAAAUAUUAUCUAUAAUCAAUUCUA